AUGAGCAGCGAAGAACCAGAAUAUAGUGUUGGCCUCACAGAGUCGCACGAAUUCGACUCGCGAGACGGCGCGAGUGAAGAUUUCGGCACAGCACAGACAGAAAGACAGCGGAAGCGUAUUGACAUGGGAGACUCAGAUGAAGAGGACACAGUAUCAACAGAGCAAAGACUGGAGUCCCAGCGCAUUAUCAAUGCAGGCAACGACCGCGAUCUGGAACUGGGCCUAGACCAAAGCACCAGAAGACGCCAAGAGCUUGAGGAUCGACUUGAUAGGCUGCUGAAGAAGCCUAAGUCGCGUAGAAGCAGAAGAGAUGAGGACGACCUGGAGCAAUAUCUGGAUGAGCGAAUUCUGAGGCUCAAAGACGAGAUGAACGUCGCGGCUCAAAGGGACAUCGAGACGCUGAACCGCAGGCUGGAAGGUGAAGAUGAAUCCGCGGUUGCCAUGGAGAAAGUCAAGCUGCUGCCCAAGGUAGUGAGCACACUGUCUAAAGCGCACCUCGCUGACACGAUCCUCGACAACAACUUGCUGCAGAGCGUGCGGAUCUGGCUUGAGCCGCUGCCGGACGGAUCCUUACCUUCUUUCGAGAUCCAGAAAUCGCUGUUUGCAGCCUUAGAGACUCUACCUAUCAAAACUGAGCACCUGAAAGAAAGUGGCCUGGGAAAGGUGGUCAUCUUUUACACAAAAUCCAAGCGCGUGGAGCCCAAACUUGCGCGUCUGGCGGACAGAAUGGUGGCAGAGUGGACUAGACCAAUUAUUGGAGCUUCAGACAACUACAGGGACAAACGUGUGAUGAAGCUUGACUUCGACGUGGAACAGCACCGCAAAAAGGCCGUGCUGGACAGCGCCAAGAGCAAGAAGUCCAAGAAGAGAAGAACUGAGGAUGACGUUAGCGGGAAGUCUGCAUACGAGCUGGCGGCGGCGAGAAGGAACAGGGCUGCCGCUCCCUCUCAAACAACAACGGACUACAAGUACGCACCUGUGAGCAAUUUGAAUUCAAUGCCCUCGAAUCUGAGGAGCUCGGGCGUGGGUUCGUCGUUGAACAAUAGUGAAACAUUCAAGAGGCUAAACUCCAGGCUUGCAAAGCGGACCAAGCGUACAAAGUAA